UCUGGGUUUGUUUUAGUGUCGGACACAACAAAGCGGACUCGCAGCAGUCAUGAAGGACUUUGCUGUUUUCUGUAUUUUUAUCACAACAUAAAGAAACGUCGCUUUACCCCAGAUGGAGUUUGUACACCUGCUGACGAUCAGUUCAUCAAUAAUAAUGAUCAGUAGCAGCUGACUGCAGCUCUUAUAUCCUGUGGAAGCAGUAAGGGGGUACUUACGCACCUGCAGGACCGUCCGAAAUCACCAAAAGAAGAUGUUCCUCCUCCAUCUUCGUUUGCAGCUUCAGUCCAGAGUUGGGGCCUUCAGCCAACGGAGCGUCCAUAAACUGGCCUCGGUUCAGACGGCCACCUCACUUCCUCACAAAAAGAUGCAGAGCUUGCUCUACCCCUUCAGUCAGCUGGAGGCGUACCUGGACAGAUCUGUGGACAGGACCCAGUUUCAUCUCUUUCAUCCCAGUCUGGAGGACAUGAUGGAGGCAGAGAAGCUCUUCCGCUCCUCCCCGUCUCACAAGAUCGAUUACUACGUCUCUGCAGAGAGGAUGGACCACGUGCCUGCUCUGAGGCAGCCGGAGGUGUGUUUCAUCGGCAGAAGCAACGUGGGGAAGUCGUCUCUCAUCAAAGCUCUGUUUUCUCUGACUCCCGAGGUGGAAAUCAGAGUCUCCAAAACUCCAGGUCACACAAAAAAGAUGAAUUUCUUCAAAGUUGGCAAAGCUUUCACCAUCGUGGACAUGCCAGGAUAUGGACACAAAGCUCCUAAAGACUUUGUGGACAUGGUUGAGCCUUACCUUCACACCAGGAACAAUCUCGUGAGGACGUUCCUGUUGAUUGACGGCAGUGUCGGUCUUCAGCAGGCUGAUAUGAUCGCUCUGGAGAUGUGUGAGGAGACCAGAUGCCCAUAUGUGGUGGUGCUGACAAAGAUGGACAAAUGUGGACCAGGAGGACUGCUGACCAACCUGCUCCGUCUUCAGGAGGUGGUGCAAACACACACCAGCAGCUGCUUCCCCCAACCCUUCCUGAUCAGUUCUCUGCAGUUCUCGGGAAUCCACCUACUGAGAUGCUUCGUCACCCAUGUAACUGGCAGCACGGAGCUGAAGGACCCGCCUCAGAGCUGAGGGGUCCAUGUUUGCCUGAGGUGGAUCUGGACCAGCGUCUACCGGGUUCCUCCAGAGCAUCAGCUGGGAUUUCAUUUUAUAAUAAAAAAAUAAAG